UGAGACCUGAGUUCUAGAAACUGUAACUACUCCGGUAUGCGCCUGCCGCGAUCCGUUCGAUAUCCGGGAAAGACAAUUUCAGUUAUUGCCACUGCAACAAAGGGUAAUCGUAGAAGUUUGGUAACGAGAGCAAGUAUACGACCACAUUCCACGACUUCCUGCAGCAACGCCUGUAAUCUCAAUGCCGAUACAUCCACAAUCCCGCUCUGAACAUACCGACACAUUGGACAACUAUAUUUCUCAAGUUUAGUCAACACCACAGCAAUGUCGCGAAACGAGAAACAAGCCUCUCCACCACCCUACUCAGAAUACAACAUCCCAACCUCCUCACGCGGUCAAACCAUCCUCAAUCAACUAAGCACAACCCGCACACACCACAUCCAAUCCGUAAUCGAGAGACAUGUCAUCCCCCUCAUCGAAGAACGCGUCACCUACGGCAUCGCCCAAACAACCAUAGCCAUGCUCCCCUCCGACAUCCCCCUACCCGCAGUCGAAGAGAAAUCAGAAUUCAGCUUCGACACAUCCGACACCAAACCAGUAGAAGUAGUUGGCUUCUCCUCCGAAGACGAACCAAAAGUCGUGCGAUUGGAGGGCCAGAUGAACCGCACAGAGUUCUGGAGACCACAAGUUGUGAUUGUAGAGUUGGAAAGGUUGUUAAGUGAGAAUUUGAAUGCGAACCCGGUUUUGAGGAGUCCGAGAGGGGAAGGAAGAGGUGUGGAGAACACCGUGCACAGGCAGGGGGUCAGAGGACUUUUGAGUAGAGUUAUGCCGUCGCUAGGGCCGGAGAUGCGCUCGCCGGGUGGGAAUCCAGAGGUUGGCGUGAAGCAGCAGUUGGAUCAAGGAGGGAUGGUCGUAGUGAAGGCUCGGUUAGAAGAGAUAUGCCUAAGGACGGUGAGCGAGUUUGGCUUGUACGAUACCAUGUCGAAGCAGUGUGUUAUUGUUCGCGUGGACGCGCGGUGUUGAUGUCGUAUGGUUACGUGCAGUCAAGACUACAUGGUUCAUUGAGAGGAGAUUUACUAUCCUGUUGGAAGUGAUAGUUAGAAGAGUAAUAGAUAUUGAACGGGUACAUAUUGUACCGCAAUGCAGUCGAGCUGCACUCUCUUAUGCCGGGAAUCGUACAUGUUUCUCGGCCAGACAACCAAGACUUGCAAAAGGAGUUAAGAUGCCACAGCAGAUAACAGGGAGCCGUAAGGUAGCUACAGAGGCAAAAAAACUAAUCCUCCUCCGGGAAGGCUCGAACUUCCAACCUCCUGAUAGCCACUGGUGUAACAGUCAGACGCGCUAGCCAAUUGCGCCACAGAGGAUUAUGUUGAGCGGAUAGCGCUGAACUGCGCUCCGGUUGUG